CAAAGUAUGUUUCCAAACCAGACACACACCCAACCAUGAGUGCUUCGAACUGUGCCUCAGCUUUCCAAUGCGGUUUCUGGGAAUCUGGUACCAUGCUCAUCCUGGCCCAAUGACAAGCACCCCUCUGUUCAGUCUCCGAGAGACCCAGAAGUGCAUCUUGGGGUGGGGUGGGAGCUGGAGACAGACCAAACACAGAAAACGGGGUAUUGAGCCAAGCAUGCCCUAGCAGAACAAGCCUGGACUUGCUGGGUGCUUCCCGGUAGGGCCUCAACCGCACUGGGCACCUCCUUGGGAAGAAAGACAAGGGAGAGGGAAUCUGAAUCCUAGCACUGUUCUAUCCUGCAGGAAACAAAAUGACCUGAUUCUGAUCUUGGGCUUCAGCCUAGGGGCAGGGUAGAUCCAGAUCCGCCCCUUCUCACCUUCCUAUAACAUGAACUCCGGACGUGGGACUGCAUCCAACUAUCAUGACGCCUUCCACAAAACCUGAGACUUUCCUGCUAACCUCCAUGCUGCUCUGCACCCUCCUGGGUCUGGGGUACCCACUGAGCUGUGAGGUGUGUAUCAGGAAUGGAGCCAAAUGCACUGGAGUAAUGAAGACUUGCGCCCAGGACGAGGACUCCUGCAUCUCCGUCAUGACUGAGACUAACAACAAGGGCUCUGUGGACGUGACCAGCUACAAAGGGUGCGCGAAAUCCAGUGAGUGUGACCCGGAAUUCCUCUCCAUCACCGUGGCUCCGGAGAACUACAUGGGGUCCGACACGCGCUGCUGCCAGACCGAUGGCUGCAACCACAAACCCCUGCCGGCGAUCGUGAGAAACCAUACAGAGAAUGGCCUUCGGUGUCCUUCCUGCAUCACUGCCUUUUCGGAAACAUGCACUUCGACUCAGGAAGCGGUCUGCGUUGGUGAGGAAACCCACUGUGUCGCCGUGUCUGGCCUCGCACAGCCUGGUAUCAGAUUUGCGGCCCGGGGCUGUGGCACGGAGGCCGCCUGCCACAGCAAGCCUGGGACCCUGGUGCCCUCAGGCUCUCGUUUGUUGACCAUCAAGAAGACCAGCUGUCGUCCAAGCCCCCAGGCUUCUGGCAAGGCUGAGUGAGG